AUGCUCGUGGAACUGAUUGGACAGGCUGGCAUAGUGGGAGCAAUUUGCGACGAUGAAGCCCCUUUUUCACCAGCAUAUUCAGCACUUCGCUGGAGAAAAUAUCGUCACACCGGAAAGGCGACGGAGCACUUGGCGAAUGAAACACUUGUGGUUCUGCAACUGACAGAGGAAGCCAGCAAACCGAAGGAAUUCAGCAUAACUACGCAUAGCCUAAACCAAAACGACAAUAUGGCCGGCAUGAAGCAAGUUACACAGACCAGCGGACACACCAUGAACGAAACGACGACAACGACGACUGUGACCACGACGAUGGAGAAAAAUAUGGAAAAAGUAGAACACAGUGAAACCAGGAGUGAGGUGUACGAGGAGGCAAGAGUCACGGAGGAAUGCACGAAACAGUGCAAAUGCAAGGCUUUAAUAGACUUGGCUGACCAGUUGUGUCCACGGAUAGCCGAGUGCAUAAUGAAAUGCGUUCCGGAAGUGGAAUGUCCAGUUGAGUGCUGUACUGAGAAGGAUGAUUGUAUUGUCGAACCAGACGACAAGUGCGAGGAACGGGAAGAAUUCAUCGACAAUAAUUACGCAGCCGAGAGUGAAGAAGAAGAAGAAGAAGAAGUGGAGGAGGAGGAGUCGGAACCAAGUGAACCUGUGGACGAUGAAGCAUCUCACUCGCCAAUAGACAAUCGUCAAUGUGAUAAACAGCAAGUGCGCUGUGUUUUGCUUGAAUUCGCUCUGAAGUUCUAUCCAGAAUUAGCCGAGUGCAUCUCAAAGUGUGUAUCGAAUGAGGAGUGUGCCGUUGUCGAACCAGAGGAGCAGAAUUACAGCCCACCGAUAGACGAUAAGCCCAUGGAACCGGAGGAGUUCAUCGACAAUAAUUACGCAGCCGAGAGUGAAGAAGAAGAAGAAGAAGAAGAAGAAGAAGUAGACGUAGAAGAAGGAGAAAAAGAAAAAGAAGUUGGAGAAGCUGAAGUUCGUUGCACGUGCGAUAAAACGCAGCUGCUUCAAUUUUUGGAAAAUUUUGUGAGGAAUACCUACCCUCAAUUAGGCGAUUGCAUCUUGAAAUGCAUGCCAGAUGACAAAAGUCCUGUUGUAGAACCAGAGGAGCAUCAGUGCAGCCCACCGAUAGACGACGAGCCCAUGGAACCGGAGGAGUUCAUUGACAAUAAUUACGCAGCCGAGAGUGAAGAAGAAGAAGAAGAAGAAGUGGAGGAGGAGGAGUCGGAACCAAGUGAACCU